AUGCGCAAAGGAGGACGGUCGACAGCAGGGACUAUCCUGGAUGAACCCAUCUACCUGAAACCAGCACUAACCGAAUUACCUGGGGAUAUCCAAACUAGAUGGCAGAGACAUGCCUUUUCCUAUAAGAGAAACCAUGAUGUUGACUACCCACCAUUCGCUGAGUUUUCUAAGUUUAUACAAGAUGUAUCACUCGAGAACAAUGACCCAAACCUGGUCUUCGAGCGUCCCGAAAACGACAAUCCUCCAGCAAGAAUGUGUGAUAGGUACUCUAGGCAAAGUUACAACACCAAGAUUACGGAUCCUUUAUCUGGAGAUCAAAUGAAAACUCCUGACCUACAUUUGUUUAUCAUCCUCCAGAAGUCUCUGCCCCUUAGCAAGUGCCGUGCCUUUCGUGCCAUGCAAACCAAUUGAUGAGAGAAAAAGCCUUAUUCGACAACACCGCUUGUGUUUCCGCUGUCUUACCUCGACCACCCACAUGGCAAAGGAGUGUAAGCUUCCAGUUAAAUGCACUGAAUGCGAAAGCGACAAACAUUUAGCUGCAUUACAUGUAAAGCGAAAGUCGAAACCAAAAGACCCAGAGGAAGUCCAAGGCGGGGAGCAAAGAAAUGGCUAA